ACUCACUCAACCCAGCAACCUCCCAGUCAUCAUCUGACACCCCAACGCCCGUCAUGGUCGCUACCGAGGCCUUCCUCAAUGAAGUCGACACCUUCAAAGAGGUGCUCUCUAUCACAUCUCGACGCCAAUUCUCUCCUUCAGGGACCUACGAGAUCACUGAACCCGAAUCCAGUCCAAACAAUGUUCUCUUUUGGAUGCGCACGAUAGCAGCAUUCCAGCCGGAUCUACGUACUAAUCUGGACCUUGCCCGACUGCCUGCGCAGUUCCAACCAAAAGUACUCGGUAUAGACUUGUCAAAGCCUGGCUUGACCUUGUCCGUUCCCGAAUGCUUCUGGACCCUCCCCGAUCCUCUCCCAUCAUCUUCCACUUCUACUUCAUUUUCAAGAAUCGACUACAUCGAUAUCUCCUCUGCAACCUUUUCUUCCAUCGCUCAGACCAUCGCUUCGAUGCUUGGCGCAAACGGUGACGCGGAUCAAACCCUUCAUUCAGUCCUUUCGAACACAGCGGCCCUUGGGCGAACCGACAAGGGCUCUCCCCCUCAGACGCUUCAGCUCCCUCAGCCACAACCCUCCACGCCCUCCUCUUCCGCAUCACACCCAAUCCGCUCUACUACUCCGACAGAUGAACCACACGAAUGGGGCUCCGCUCAAGCUGCCGACACUCUAAGGGGAACAGCAUUAGACCUGGAACACGGUCGCCGACAGUCCACGCCUGCUGCUCAACUUGGACCUCAAUCAUGGGAGCAGCCGGCGGAUGAUAUGGGCGCUGGAAUAGAGAUGGAUCUAGGCGAUGGAUGCAGUCAGGGUCUGACCCUCGAAUUCAAUCCUGGAGCGGAGUUCGAACUUCCGGCAGGAGAGGCUGCAGGAACGACACCCUUGACUCCCCAACACAGAUCAUCGCGCUCCUCUUCGCCCUCCACUCCAACCAAGCGUCUUAAGGGCCAACUCAAGCGUCGUCGCCGCUCUCUUACUCGCUUAAGAUCGACAUCACCUCGUGCAAUGCCUGGACCCUCGACCGUGAAUCAACCGCGCUUUGCCUCCGAGGCUCCGCCGAUGAUCAGAUCACCUCCCCCUCUACCAAACCGUCGAGCUUUCCGACAUGCCUCUGUACCUCAGAACGCGGGACCCAGUCGAAUUCCGAUCCCCAACUUUGCACCUCGAGCACCCGCCUCAAAUCCACCUCAAGCCACAACCGAUGUCUUCACAGCCUCAGACGACAACAUCGUACACAAGAAUGACAAUCGCUGCGUCAGGUGCAAGACCCGUGAACUCGAAGACUGCGUCCAACCCAAGCCGAGACGUGGCGGUAAAGUGAGAAGGGCAUGCAUCGCAUGCUCCAAAGCUGCGAGAGGCUGCUCCCUGAGCGGGGAGAAGCAUUAUUUCAACAAAAAGGCAACCCCGGACUCCGAUGACGAGGCUGCUUUGAAUGGUGAAGUCCACGACAUCGACAAUAAUGGAUCAGAGAAUAACGAAUGAAUGAUGGUUGUCGUGUAAUGGUGGCAGAGGUUUUGUGUAUGGAAGACAAAUGUAGCAUGUGACAUGCAUGACAAGCAAGAGCUCUGAG